UAGGUGUGUAGUUAAUAAGUUAGCCAGCAUGCAGUGUAUCUGGACCCUAUCCCUGCUUCAGCUAGUUGCCCUGUGGGCCAAAGCAGCAGUGGUCACUGAAAAUGGCCUCCCCAUCCUCUGGGACCAGGCACCCAGCCAGCUGUCGGAACUGCCUCAGGUGGACAACGUGGUCACAAUCAACCCCUGGAACUACCUGCAGAGGAUGAGUCUGUAUAGGAUACUGGUGGGAUCCACAGACAAGUACAUGGCCUCCAUGGGAACCAAUGAGACUGACAGCCCGUUCUGGGGCCUGCCUCUGCAGCUGGGCUGGAAACUCAGAUCAGGGCGGUUGGUUGACCCCACUGGCGCUACAACAUGUGGAGAGGAAGGAGAUCCCAUGUGCAUUUCCACUAAUAGCUGGUGGGCAUGUGUGAACUACUACCUCUCAGUGAUCCCGUUCCUGGCUGCUGUGCAUAAAGGUGUGAUUGGAGAUGGUCUCAUUCAGGUCCAGGUCCAGGCACCAGCUGAGGCAGCAGACUACUGCACCUCCUACACAGACUGCUCUACUAAGUACCCAGGCCUUAUGACCAAGUGGGAAGAAUUCUUCCAGACUCUGAAAGACGUGAGUGCAUCUGAAAUUUCUGACUUUGAGAAAAGGGACCAGAUUCUGGGUGUCUAUUGGGCAGGUCAACAGCUCUCUUUGAAUUCUGCCUCAACCAGCUGCAAGGGAAAGAUGAGCUACUAUUCCAGCCCAGAGGUUUCAUUCGCCAGCAACUGGAUGAACUCUGCAGACUACGUAGCAGCGACAUACUUCCAGUCCAACCUGAAUAACUCUGUGCUGUUCAUGAGCCCUCUGCCCAGCAGGGUGCUUCAGGAGGGGGAUAGCGCCCCUAACAUUGCUGACCUCAGCACGGAGGAGAACCACACCCUCUAUAUCUUCGGCUGGAUGACCAGAAUGAACAGGAUUCUGAUGGGUUCUCUGGUGAGGAUGUGGCGCUCGGCCAUGUGCUCUGACAAGGCUCGGGAGAAGGGCCGGGAGCUCCUACAGGAUCUGGUCCAUGAUCCUAAGUUCGCUGCUUCCACCUUCGUCUCCAUUCUCAAAGAGAUGAUACGCAGCUGCUGAGGAUUCAGCAAAUCAGUCCGACACUAGCCCAGUUUCAACCUGUCCCUAUGUUAGCAUCAUAUGCCAUUCACAAUGAUUAAUUGUUAAAUGUUUCUGAAUACAAUUCACACAGUAGUAUUUACA